UAUAUUCCUGAGGGUAAGACCGUAUUUCUUAUCGAUAAGUGCACUGCACUAGCAAAAUUGCAUAAAGUUUUAUAAUCAUAACAACAGACAUGUUCAAUAAAUCUGCGCUAAUUGGCAGCCUUUUGCGCCGCUCCUUUGGCACCACCAACCCCCUGAGACAGGCGAUCAAGAACCACCAGCCGAACGAAAUGGAGAAACGGUUCUUGGUAUGGAGCGGUAAAUACAAGUCGCAGGCUGAAGUCCCAGCUUUCGUCAGCCAGGAUGAAAUGGAACGUGUUCGCAACAAAAUGCGCAUCCGCCUGGCCAACAUCAUGAUCGCCCUGACCGUUAUUGGCUGCGGCAUCAUGGUCUACAGCGGCAAGCAAGCUGCCAAAAGAGGAGAGUCAGUGUCCAAGAUGAAUCUGGAAUGGCACAAGCAGUUCAAUGAGCUCAAGCCUGAGGGCGGAGCAGCAGCCCCAGCUUCCACAAAAUAGGAAACAGAAAUAGAAGCGAAAACCACCCCCACUCGCAUAGAUAUCGACACUGUUAAUUGUUUCUUGUGUUUCUUUGAGAAGUUCGUUUAGAUUGAAAUGGAAAUGUGAGAUAUUUAUAGACUUUUUUCUUUUCUUGGUAUAACCACAUCCACAUCCUUGGUAGAUAUCCAGUGAUAUUUGUAAACUCAAGCUAAUUUGUAUUAAGUGAAUGGAAUAAAUAUUUUAUGAGUA